AUGGAUCCACAGCAAUGCCCAUGGAAAGUCUCGACCGAUAAGCUAUCUCACCAGGGUCCAACCAUCGAAGGUCCAAUGUGCGAUGUCAUGAGUAAUGCAUGGUUCAACAAGCCGACCCCAGUUCUGCAGCGUCUAUAA